GCACUGAAUGAGUCAGCAGUGACGUCAUGGUCACGAGGGCGGAAGCGGAAGUUGCCUCUGUUUGUGUUUGUCCAUCGGUAGCAAAUCGAUGAGGCGAGCAGAAGCGUCGGUUUUUAUUAUUUUAAUCGCGAGUAAAAGUUAGCUUUUGUCUCUCACACACACCGUGAUGGAGUCCGGCGGUAAGGACGAGGUGAAAGGAGCCGUGCUGCACAUCGUGGUGGUCGGCUUCCACCACAAGAGGGGCUGCCAGGUGGAGUUCUCGUACCCCCCCAUCAGUGAUGAAGGUCAUGACAGUAACUCGUUGCCUGAUCAGUGGAAGUACCUGCCGUUCCUCGCUCUGCCCGACGGAGCGCACAACUAUCAGGAGGACACGGUGUUUUUCCUCCUGCCCCCUCUGAGUGAGGAGAUGAAGUGUGUGUACGGCGUUUCCUGCUACAGACAGAUUGAAGCCAAGAUGCUGAAGGUGAGACAGGCUGAUGUCACCAGGGAGACGGUGCAGAAGAGUGUGUGUGUGCUCAGCAGAGUGCCGGUGUUCGGUCUGAUUGCGGCGAAGCUACAGCUCAUCACACAUGCCUACUUUGAGGAGAAGGACUUCUCUCAGAUCUCCAUCCUGAAGGAGCUGUAUGAUCAUAUGAACGGGUCUCUACGGUUCCCAACGCUGGAGGGAUCACAGGUGUAUCUGGGUUUAUCUGCACGAGAUUUAAUACUGCACUUUAAACACAAGGUUCUGGUUCUGUUCAAGUUGAUUCUGCUGGAGAAGAAGGUGCUGUUCUAUGUCUCUCCUGUUAACAGAUUGGUGGGGACCCUGAUGACGGUUCUCUCACUGUUCCCUGGUAUGAUCGAGCGUGGCCUGUGUGACUCCUCUCACUAUCAUCCUAAAAGCAGCCAAUCAGAGAGUGCUGACAUCAUCAAGAGUGUAGACCUCACAGGGAACACCGAAGUGUUUGUCGCUGAGCCCACAGUCAACCAAUCAGAGGGCUCCACCGGUGCUAAGGUGAAUCCGAGCUCUCCUGAUUGGCUGGAUAACGAGUGGGAGAGUCUGGACCCGAGCGUGCUGGAGGAGGAGGAGGAGAAGGAGGGAGACGGAGGAAGACGUGCACAGACGGAGUGUGUAGAGGCAGAGUCGAACACGCCCAUCACUGUUCAGCCCAAAGCCACACCUGCUCAGACCACCACACACACACAGAGUGACACACCCACACAGAGUACACACCCACACACACCCCUGCUGGAGGAGGACCAGUGCGGCCUGCCGCCCGCCAUCUUCACCAAGGGUUACCUGUGUUUACCCUACAUGGCUCUUCAGCAGCAUCACCUGCUCUGUGAUGUCAGAGUUCGGGGGUUCGUUGCCGGAGCAACCAACAUCCUGUUCCGUCAGCAGAGACACCUGAGUGACGCCAUCGUAGACGUAGAGGAGGCCGCGAUCCACAUCGCCGACCCAGAGUUACGGCGUGUCCUCAAUCUGACCACAGCUGACCUGCGUUUCUGCGACUUCCUGUUGAAGAGUGUGUGUGAGCACAGCGAGGACGUGUUUCUGGACGGGACCGGCUGGGAGGGAGGAGACGAAUGGAUCCGGGCUCAGUUCGCACUCUACAUGCACACACUAUUAGCGUCCACACUACAGCAAGACAACGAGAAGCUGCUGGCAGAUUACGGCUCUGCGUUCGUCUCCGCCUGGAGGAUCACACACAACUACAGAGUGUGGUCCAGCACACACCACCCGGCCAUCACCGACAUCACACCGGGUCACCCGUUCCAGGGUCAGUACAGCGUGGCGGACGUGAAGCUGCGUUUCUCACACUCGGUACAGAACAGCGAAAGAGGGCGGAGACUGGGCAGCGCAGUCAUGAGCACCAGCAGGAGUGUGGUGCAAACCGGCAGAGCUGUAGGUCAGUCUGUGGGUGGAGCCUUGAACAGCGCCAAGUCGGUGAUGUCAUCGUGGUUCUCAACACUUUCUCCGCCAGCGUUAAUAUCGAACCCACAGUCUACAACGACCAAGCAGUGACUGCCUCUCUCCUCACACACACACACACACACACACACUCCGUCAUCCUUCCAUGUACUCUUAGAUCUAACACACUACUGUUCCAGUGUACCGCGUCCUACUGGUGUGUCUUUACUGUCUGACCAAUCAGCAUUUAGCGCUGCCUCACCCUGAUCUGAGUGUGUUUACCUGAAAUCAGCGGCCUUAACGUCUGUCAGCGUGAGUUCGGGAUGGACUUAAUAUGUCAAAUACAUAUAUAUAUAUAUAUAUAUAUAUAUAUAUAUAUAAAUUAUAUAAAAAUAUAUAUCGUUGUAAUUCUCCUGUCCAGUGUGCGCAGUCUGUCUGUCUGUCUGUCUGUCUGUCUGUCUGUAUGCUGUUAUAUGCGGAUGCAUCAGUACCUUUUAUUUCAGACCAAGUAUGAGUAUGAGUGCAGGUUUUUCGGUACUCGUCGAUUCCGAUACUGAUCAUAAAACGAGUAACGUACUUAUUAUAGUAUUAAUCUGUCAAAGACGUCAAAGAACAUUUAAUUUAACUGUGUUUAUUCUCCUCAUGCUGAGUUUUAUGGUUAAGAUGUUGUGAUGUUUAAACGGUAUCUUUAAUAGACAGCGCAGUCCUCGGGUCAGAGGUCGGAGGUCCUCGCACGCUCUAUCAAGGAAUACUGUUUAAACGGUUUCACCAGGCGGCUUGAAAUGCAUCCUUAGUGCAACAACCUACACUAGACUUAACGUCCCACAGUGUCACAUGGUCUCGGAUGUCGGUAUUGGAGCAUUUUUACGAGUAGGAGUAAAUGAGCACAGUGUCGGACCGAUACCUGAUACCAAUAUCUGUAUCGAUGCAUCCAUUUUCUGUUCCUUUCUUUCUUUCACUCCAUCUAUCAUGGCUGUCUGUCUGGAGUCAAAAUCUGGUGUCAAAUUUGUCCAAUCAGAAAUGCUGCAUAUAUUAAGAUAACAGAAUAAUAUAUUAAAUUAUAUUCACAAAAGAAAUAAAUACAUGAACUGAUAUAUCUAGCAGAUUAGUAGUCGCAAGUGAUGAUUAAUCCCGUGCAUUGAUCAACUUUGUCAGUAAGCUGUCCGCGUCACUAGUGUUAGCUUUCUCCCUCACACACUACAGACAUUAAACCCCUGAGAUAGACUCGCUGUCAUGCGGCUGAUUUACAGUGUGUUUCGUUGGAAUAAAGGUGUGGAGCGUGCACGAGUGGAAGCUCCCGUCACUACACCACUUUCCGGCGUCCCAGAAUCUCCAAAUCACUCACAGAAGUGCGUUCUUCGAAGUGCCCUCACUUCACGCUGUAGCGUACAGGGCCUGCUUACGUGGCCGCAGUGUAACGACUGCUAGCAUGUAGCUUGGCAUGUGAGUGGGCCAUUAGCCAUGAGAUUUAACUGUUCAUUUAAAAAUGGUCCAAGGGUGGAGCUUAAGUCAAAUCUGAUCAUGUGACAUCACCACUAGGAGUUCACUAACCAGUUACCGUAGCCCUGCGCUAAUGUUAUCUACCGUUAAUGUGCUGUGUAGCUGUUCUGCGUCCUGAUUGGCUGCUCCAGCGCAAGUCGAGCUCCACCACUGUUGACCCUGGGACGCCCUGAUCGUGAUCUGGGACUGUUGGGUUUCAUCCUUCUGAUCUGUUUACUUGAUUUUUACGAUGUACAUCCACAUGCUCCAUCUGUUUAGCUGUACAAUUUGUUUUUAAAGAGUGGUUUCAUUUGUUUAGAGGUUUUUUUUUUUUUAAUUGUUUGAGUGGAUUUUGCCGUGUCUUUGUUUUUAUUUUCAAUUUCAGCAUUGUUUUACAUGUUCCUUUGAUGCACCUUCAGUUAUUUUAGUUUUUAGUCUUAAUAAAUUGGAAAGAAUUAUU